UGUAAACGUCCCACCUUUCAUAACUUGUGAUGAGUGCUGAUUGGUCACUGUAUCCCCGGCUCUUUUCUGAUUGGCUAGCGCGGUGGAUCACUCGCCCACUGCACGACGCUGCCUCAUUGCCAGUGGAGUUUGAAACCAUGACCAGACUGCUGACAGUUUGUGUGAAGAAUUUUACCUCAGGGGUUUGGAGACAAGCUACACGUGCGCUUAGCAUCAAGGAUGUGUUGUGUCAUAUGCAGGCUCACAGCGCUCGUCUGGUGCUUGAAGAUGGUACAGUGAUGAAAGGUUACUCCUUUGGCCGUGACCAGUCAGCAUCCGGAGAGCUGGUCUUCAACACCGGGCUUGUGGGAUAUCCAGAAGCCCUUACAGACCCCAGUUAUAGAGGUCAGAUUCUUACUCUUACCUACCCCAUUGUGGGCAACUAUGGCGUUCCUAACAUGCAGGAGCUUGACGAACUGGGACUGAGAAAGAACGCAGAGUCGGAUCGCAUUCAGGUAUCAGGGCUACUGGUGCAGGACUACAGUCACGACUAUAGCCAUUGGAACUCGGUGAAGUCCCUGGCACAGUGGCUGCAUGAUGAGAAGGUUCCAGCUUUGUAUGGCGUGGACACCAGGAUGCUGACCAAAAUCAUCCGAGACAAGGGCACAGUUUUGGGGAAGAUUGAGUUUGAAGGGCAGCCAGUUGAAAUUACUGACCCAAAUGAACGAAAUCUAGUGUCAGAAGUCUCCACAAAGGAAGUGCGAGUGUAUGGGAAAGGCAAUCCCAUCAAAGUGGUGGCUGUUGACUGCGGGAUCAAGCACAACAUCAUCAGGCUGCUGGUCAAGCGUGGUGCCGAGGUGCACUUAGUGCCAUGGGAUCACGAGCUCAUGAGCCUCGAGUACGAUGGCCUCUUCAUCUCUAACGGCCCCGGAGACCCUGCUUUGGCUGGAACUCUGAUCCAGAAUGUGCGCAAGGUGCUGGAGAGUGAUCGUCCAGAGCCGGUGUUUGGUAUCUGUAUGGGAAACCAGAUCACGGCGUUGGCUGCUGGUGCUCGGUCGUACAAGCUGCCCAUGGGGAACAGAGGUCAAAACCAGCCAGUGCUGAAUGUGGUGACGGGACAAGCCUUCAUCACGGCUCAGAACCACGGCUAUGGUAUAGACAGCGAGUCUCUACCACUGGGCUGGAGUCCGCUCUUCAUCAACGCCAACGACGGGACCAAUGAGGGCAUCAUGCAUAACACCAAGCCGAUCUUCACAGCGCAGUUUCAUCCAGAAGCGAAAGGGGGUCCCACUGAUACAGAGUUCCUGUUCGAUGCUUUCCUGUCUCUUAUAAAGAAGAAGGACAACAAAGGCAUCAUGUCUGUGAUGCCACAGAAGCCUGCCGUUCCACCAAGAGCCCAGGUGUCCAAAGUGUUGGUGCUCGGCUCUGGUGGUCUGUCCAUCGGCCAGGCCGGUGAGUUUGACUACUCAGGCUCACAAGCUGUGAAAGCCAUGAAGGAGGAGAACCUGAAGACGGUGCUGAUGAAUCCGAACGUCGCCUCGGUUCAGACCAACGAGGUGGGAAGCAAGCAGGCGGACACGGUCUACUUCCUGCCCAUCACACCCGAGUUCGUCACGGAGGUGAUCAAAGCCGAGAGACCUGACGGCAUCCUGCUCUCUAUGGGAGGUCAAACGGCACUCAACUGCGGAGUGGAGCUGUUUCAGAGCAACGUGCUGCAACAGUAUGGUGUGAAGGUUUUGGGCACUCCCGUCGAGUCCAUCAUCGCCACAGAGGACAGACAACUGUUUGCUGACAAGCUGAAGGAGAUCGACGAGAGAAUCGCGCCGAGCGUCGCCGUGAAGACGGUGGCAGACGCUCUGAAGGCGGCUGAGGAAAUCGGAUAUCCGGUGAUGGUGCGUUCGGCGUAUGCCCUCGGCGGCCUGGGCUCCGGCCUCUGCUCUGACCGACACAAACUGGAACAGACUGCACACAAGGCUUUAGCCAUGAGCAGUCAGAUCCUGGUGGAGAAAUCUCUGCUGGGGUGGAAGGAGGUGGAAUAUGAAGUGGUCAGAGACAUCGCUGAUAACUGCGUCACUGUGUGCAACAUGGAGAACUUUGACCCGUUAGGCAUCCACACAGGCGACUCGAUCGUGGUGGCACCGAGCCAGACUCUGUCCAACGAGGAGUACCACAUGCUGCGGAGGACAGCCAUUAAAGUGGUGCGCCACCUCGGCAUCGUGGGAGAGUGCAACAUCCAGUACGCCCUGCAUCCGCACUCUCUGGAGUACCACAUCAUCGAGGUCAAUGCCCGGCUUUCCAGAAGCUCAGCGCUGGCAUCAAAAGCUACGGGGUACCCGCUGGCGUUUGUGGCGGCCAAGCUGGCACUGGGAAUUCCUCUGCCUGAGAUUAAGAACGCAGUGUCUGGGAAGACCACGGCCUGCUUCGAGCCCAGUCUGGACUACAUCGUGACAAAGAUCCCUCGCUGGGACCUGGACCGCUUCCAGGGCAUGUCACAAGAGAUCGGCAGUGCCAUGAAGAGCGUAGGAGAGGUAAUGGCAGUGGGCCGUACCUUUCAGGAGAGUGUCCAGAAGGCGUUGCGAAUGUGCCACCCUUCUGUGGAUGGCUUUGUGCCCCACCUGCCCUUGAAGAGACCCUGGAGCGAGCAGCAGGACCUGCACCAGGAGCUCGCCGUUCCCUCGAGCACUCGUAUUUUCUCCCUGGCUAAGGCCCUACAUGACGGCGUCAGUGUGGACCAGAUUCAUGAGCUCACGGCUAUCGAUAAGUGGUUUCUGCACAAACUGAGGUGCAUCACAGAGGUGGAGCAGAGGCUACGUCAGUACGACAGCUCCACCGUUCCAGCUGAUGUUCUGCUGAAGGCCAAGCAGGAUGGUUUCUCAGACCGGCAGGUUGGUCAUGCCCUCGGGACCACAGAGGCAGAGACACGCUCGCUCAGAUUGAGCCACGACAUCAAGCCCUGGGUCAAACAGAUCGACACGCUCGCUGCAGAAUAUCCUGCUGUCACUAACUACCUGUACUGUACCUACCACGGCCAGGAACAUGAUCUGGACUUCAGAGAUCAGAGUGUGAUGGUUUUAGGCUGUGGCCCUUAUCACAUUGGCAGCAGCGUGGAGUUCGACUGGUGUGCCGUGUCCAGCAUCCGAGCCCUCAGACAGAUGGGCAAGCGCACAGUGGUUGUGAACCACAACCCCGAGACGGUCAGCACCGACUUCGACGAGUGCGACCGCCUCUAUUUCGAGGAGCUGACGCUCGAGCGCAUCCUGGACAUCGAUCAUCAAGAGAAAUGUACAGGCUGCAUCGUCUCAGUAGGAGGGCAGAUCCCCAACAACCUGGCCAUGCCACUGCACCUGAACGGAGUGAAGAUUCUGGGUACAGAGCCACUGCAGAUCCACCGGGCCGAGGAGAGAUCUAUAUUCUCCAGCAUCUUGGAUGAGCUGGGUGUGGCUCAGGCACCAUGGAAAGCCCUGAGCUCACUGGAAGACGCUCUUGCGUUCGCCGGUCAAGUGGGUUACCCUUGCCUCCUGAGGCCCUCUUACGUUUUAAGUGGUUCUGCGAUGAACGUGGCCUACGGCGACGUGGAGAUGAAGCGCUUCUUGGAGGAGGCGACGCAGGUGUCCCAGGAGCAUCCUGUGGUCAUCACCAAGUUCAUCCGUGGAGCCAGAGAGGUCGAGGUGGACGCGGUGGCCAAAUCAGGCAAGGUUCUGGCUCACGCCAUUACAGAGCACGUAGAGGACGCUGGAGUUCACUCAGGAGAUGCAACUCUAAUACUUCCCACUCAGACCAUCAGUCAAGGAGCUCUGGAGAAGGUGAAGAACGCCACGCGGAAAAUAGCAAAGGCGUUCGAGAUUUCAGGGCCGUUUAACACUCAAUUUCUGGUGAAAGGCAAUGAUGUCAUGGUGAUCGAGUGUAACCUGAGGGCCUCUCGUUCCUUCCCGUUUGUGUCCAAAACCAUCGGCGUGGACCUGAUCAAUGUGGCGACCCACGUUAUGGUGGGAGAACCACUAAACGAGUCUGUACUGCCCUCGCUGGAGAACCCCAUCAUUCCUGUAGACUACGUUGGAAUCAAGGCCCCGAUGUUUUCCUGGCCCCGUCUGAGAGACGCUGACCCUGUCCUGCGCUGUGAGAUGGCCUCCACUGGAGAGGUCGCUUGCUUUGGACCAAAUAUCUACUCAGCCUUUUUGAAGGCGAUGCUCUCCACAGGGUUCAAACUGCCUGAGAGAGGAAUCCUCAUCGGUAUCCAGCAUUCAUUUAGACCAGACUUCCUGUCCACUGCUCACCAGCUCAACGAGGAGGGAUUUAAAAUUUAUGCCACAGAAGCUACAUCCGCUUGGCUAAAUGCCAACGAAGUGCCGACAACGCCAGUGUCUUGGCCCAGUGAGGAUGGUAAAGACCACGGCUUACCGACUAUCAGCAGUCUGAUCAGCGAUGGUCAUAUCGACCUGGUGGUAAAUCUUCCCAAUAACAACACCAAGUUCAUCAGAGAGAACUUCCUUAUCCGCAGAAUGGCUGUGGACUACGGUGUCCCCCUCAUCACUAACUUCCAGGUGGUGAAGCUCUUCGCUGAGGCCAAUAAGUACGGCAGCAAAUUAGACGCCACGAGUCUCUUCCACUAUCGCCAGCAGGAGGUGGGGCAUCGGGGGUAGAGGCUCCACUCCUCGAGUCCAUGCUAGGAAACGCACAGAAACCCCCACAGGUCGACAGAGCAGCUCCUAACACCCCAGCAGGGGGUGACCACUUCCGCUGGGCUUCGAGUCUUCCUCUUGCCCACAUCUACCUUAAUGCCACUUUUUUUAUUACCCAUUUCCAGGUACCUCUCCUAUGGAGUGGAUUUGGGGUUUAUUUAAACAUUUAUUACUUUUGCCCUAAAGGAGCUCCCUGACCACCAGAGCCUUGAAUAGGUUGUGGAUUAUUUCCUUAUGAUGUGUUGUGUUUAUAGCGUGUAGCCUGUUUAUUCCAGCUGUAAUAGAGUUUACACCAGUAAACAACAACAAGGAACAUUUCUAUAAGCACUUUUUACUGGCUUUUAUGUCGUGUAUCAGUGAAAAUUCACUGCAUCUGUGCUUCAACCCAUGGGAGAGAAGAAGAGCUGCUCCUCUCUCAAUAAACGUCAGUGUGAUGUUCCACA